UCAUAUUCCUUAAUUCCCUUUCUUUCCUGUUUCUCUCAUAGUGACAUACUCACUCUCAUCUCUCUGCAAGUCGCUCCCAAAUCAUCAUCAUCAUCACCAUCAUCAUUCUCUUGCAAGUUGAGAAUACCAAAGUUAUUUUGUUUGACCAGCUAUUUUUUGUAUGUUUUAUACUCUUUUAACGUUUUCAGUUUUUAUUUUUAACAACUCAACUUUCAUUGUUCCGUAUUAAUUAUCCUCAUCGUUGAGAAUCAUUUUAUCCUGUUAAUAUUUAUUCAAGUUAAUGAUAAUAAGACACCAUGACAUCAUUUUUAUUAUGUGCUUCAAUCUUCCACUUGUAAACUUGCUUGUUGGUAACUAGGAACAAAAUUUAACUUGUUGAGUGUUGUGUUGAAUUACUCAAAGUUGCUGGUUUGUGUGCCUGUACUCGGUAAUUUAUUUGGAAUUGAUCAACUUUCAAUCAUCAAUCAAUUUUGGAACUUAUUACAAUGAAAUUAUUAACACCCAAACAGCCAACCGUAGAUUCAGAUAGGGAGAGAUCAAGGAAUAGCCAAGAACGAGCAUAAAAUCCAAUUAACCUCAUCAACUUCAAUGACAAAUGAACACUUGUACAAGCCAUUUCAAGUUAGAUAAUACACUAAGAUCUUUGGUUAUAUCGAAUUAAUGGUUAAACUCAGCCUGGAAUGGUUUUAACCUUUUCCUUUCUCAUCGUUAUCUUUUUUUAAUGUUGACUCAACACCAUGAUUUUAUCGAUAUCCAAGUUGAAAUGCUUUGAUUUGUUGAUAAAAGCUUUUGAAAGUUUCACCCAAAAGAAAUAGAUUGAGGAACAGAGGAAAAGCAAAAUUGAAGAAACUUGAAGACCAAAAAUCUUUUUCCUUGAUUAUCUCUUAAUCAUCUCAACUCUGUGAUAUAUUAAAUCUGCCAUCUUUAAUUGUGUUUAACUCAUCUUAAUAUCACCUUCACCACCACCAAUACUAUCACCAUAAAUUUUCAUCACCAUUUCCUUUCUGCAUAAUCAUCCUAAUAACCAGAAUGGGAAACAAACCAGGAGCUCAACCAAUACCAUUCAGCAAUGAAGGUGCAGUCAACGACUCUCUUGCAAGACCACCGGCUUUAAACUUUAAUCGUCCAGUGAUGGACAGAUUGAGGAAAAGUUUUCGCGGAAGUUUCCGGAAGAAAAAAGACCAUAUUACGGAGAGCAGCAAACCUCAUCAAUGGCAAGCUGAUGAACAAGCAGUUCGCAAUGGAACAUGUUCAUUCCCUGUUAAAUAUUUGGGUUGUGUCGAGGUUUUUGAUUCCAGGGGAAUGCAUAUAUGUGAAGAGGCAUUGAAGCUCUUGAGGGCCUCACGACGUCGACCGAUCAAGGGUACACUUUUUGUGACUGGUGAUGGUUUAAGGGUUGUGGACGAAGAAACCAAAGGACUUCUUGUUGAUCAAACAAUUGAGAAAGUAUCGUUCUGUGCCCCUGACCGAAAUCACGAAAAAGGAUUUUCUUAUAUUUGUCGUGAUGGUACAACUCGUCGGUGGAUGUGCCAUGGUUUCCACGCACGUAAAGAUUCUGGAGAUCGGUUAAGCCAUGCAGUUGGGUGUGCCUUUGCGGUUUGUCUAGAAAGAAAGCAAAAACGAGACAAAGAGCUUGUUUCUAUGAACUUUGACUCUAAAACGUCUACCUUCACUAGAACUGGAUCAUUUAGACAAGUACCACUCACUGAAAGACUUACAGAUAUUCAAAGCGUAAAACCUUCAGAGCCACCCCCUUUAAAACCGGUUCACAACCCUUAUGCUAUUGAAAGACCACAUGCAACUCCUCAACUUUUACAAAGACAAGGAUCCUACCGUGGCCUCGGAGGAUUAAGCCAAACAUCUCCAUUUAAAAGACAAUUAUCUUUGCGACUUAACGAUCUUCCAUCUAAUUUAGAACGAACAAGAUCUCAUUCAUUGGAAUCAUCAUCUGACAAUUUCUCACCAUUAUCCCGCACAAAUGGCAAUUUAACUGUUGCACCGAUUCCAGAAGCUUCACCGGCCUCAGAGAACAAAGCUGAUGAUAUCAGUGCAAUGUGUAAAGAAUUAUCACAAGGAUUGACUCUUUUAAGCAAUAAUGAUGAUCCCUUACACUCACCCACAAGUCUCUUCCAAGAUUUCAAGUCAUUCAACAAAGAUGAAAAUUCUGUUGGGAUUUCGAGUCAUUCUCUUGUAAAUGAUCCAUUUUCAACUUCAACAAGUUUGUCAAAUAGCUCAACAGCCCACUCUACUCCGCCUCCAUUUAACUUGUCUUCUUCUAUUGAUGAGAAAAAUAUUUUCACCUCAAACAUUCCUGCCUCCUUCCCGCCAGCUCCAAAAAACAUGAAAUUUUCAUUGGGCAGCGAUUUUCAAGUUGCACCAAAGAUUGCACAAAGAGCCAUUCAGACAAACCCAUUCAUUCCAAGUUCAGAUGUCAAAUGAACAAUUGUUUUAACUAACAAAAUGUUAAUAUAGUUAUGAUUUUUUAUCCUCUCCGAUUUAAUUGAACACUUUAAUGCACAAAAUUUAAUUGAAUUAAAUUAAUUCUUGAUUCUUAA